AUGGCGUACCAAAUUGUCUACCAACCAUCGCCCAGACUGGGUUUCGACUCGUUUUUCGUCAAGGUCCGCCGCAAUGGGUUUAUGUUGUACACUCUGAUCGUGGUGAUUUCCACCCUUUAUGUAUGUUUUAUAAUGAAACCACCCAAGCCAAAAUCAAAAGAUACCAAAAAAACCGUGGAAUCAAGUAGCGACUCCAGCUUCGAGAACAUUCAGCUAGAAGACGUGGCGCACCCAGUAGACCGCUGGAGCAAGCGAGAAUUGUACCAAUACCUUGGUGAACACAACAUCUACCCUAGGGUUGACGAGCCAUUGCUGCACGUGCGCGCAACCGCUAAGAAGUACUACCAGGGUAGAGAGACUAAAUAA